AUGGUGGUGCCGAACCCAAUGCGCGCGAAUGGGUGCUCACUUCCACUACGACACUGCCAUUUCCGCUGGUCCAGCGUCCUUUACUUGGGAAGUCUUGGAGGACCUACCAUGGUCUUGGACCAGGUCAUGGAGAUGGAGAAGAAUCAUCCAGCGAUCCCUUCACGGGGCUGGAUAUCGAGCUGUUCAUCGAAUCGGUGGCUGGCGUUUGGGGGAGAUCUCAGACAUGGAGCAGUAUCAUUCGGCCUGAAAGAGCCAGAGCCGCACGCGCCACGCAACGUGAUCCUCUUCAAUUACUGGAAGGGCCUUCGACCAGCACCUCCUAGUUGUGCAGAGCCAUGCUUUCAGGACUAUUUGCCGCUGUGCAGCACAUCGCCGGCGUCUGCGCACCUCCUCUCUGAGCCGGAAAUCGCACGUUUGUUGGAAGAGGGCCUUGGGCCAAAGGCAGUGGAAGUUCAAGCAAAGGAUGUCGUGCAGGCUGAGGACAUGCCUCAGUGCGUUCCAGUCGAAGACCUUCCCUUCAACCUGCCCUUGCCACCGCAGAAGGCGUGUUGGUCGGAGGGUCUUGAAGCUGAGGCCGAGAGUCUGUGA